GUGUUGCGAGUGUACAAAGCAGCUGUGCAACAGACAUUGGAUAUACUCUUUCUCCCUGAAGAAAGAGAAUUUCUUACAAGCACCGAUGCAGUAAGCCGUGACUCAGCUGAUCGUACCAUUAUUGCAUGGGACUUCCAAAGCGCUGCGAAAAUCUCCAAUCAGAUUUUUCAUGAGCGUUACACUUGCCCAAGCCUGACUCUACACCCGAAAGAGCCUAUGUUUGUUGCUCAGACGAAUGGGAACUACAUGGCUUUGUUUUCUGCCCAGCGACCUUAUCGAAUCAACAAAAAGAAAAGAUAUGAAGGACAUAAGGUGGAAGGAUUUGCAGUGGGCUGUGAAUUUUCUCCAGAUGGAACACUUCUGGUGACAGGAAGUUCAGAUGGCAAAGUGUUUUUCUACAACUAUCAUACUGCUAGGAUUAUUCGCACUUUGUCUGCACAUAAAGAAGCUUGUGUGAGUGCAAUAUUUCACCCAGUCUUGCCGUCGCUCCUUGCAACAUGCGAUUGGGCUGGAGAAAUCAAGAUCUGGCAAUAA